AUGGUUCAUCCAAAGCCUCCUACCGCCCGCCGAGGAGACUCGGUGCGGUCGUCGUUCACAGCCACAGGAGAGGUUGCCGACGUCGAGACUGAAAAGGGUCCUUUUGACGAUGACUCAAAGAUGCCCUUCCUCACGCUCCGAACCUUCUUCAUGGCCGUCCUCGUCUCCAUGGGCGGUCUGUGUUUCGGAUAUGACACAGGCCAGAUUUCCGGGUUUUUGGAAAUGGACAAUUUCCUGGAGAAUUUUGCGGAUAAGAGAGACCCUCUGAAAUUUGGUAAUAUCCGAUCAGGCUUGAUCGUGGGCAUGCUCUCCAUCGGCACCCUUAUCGGUGCUCUCAUCGCGGGUCCACUUGCAAACAACAGGACUAUUGGCCGCAAAUACUCGAUCUGCAUCUGGUCAGUAGUGUUCUGCGCUGGUGUUGCCGUGCAGAUGGGUGCACUGAGGCCGCGCUGGUAUCAAGUCAUGAUAGGUCGUAUUAUAGCCGGCCUGGCUAUCGGAGGUCUAUCAGUCAUGGUUCCGGCGUAUCAGGGUGAAUCUAGUCCUCGACAUGUUCGAGGUGCGAUUGUGUGCUGCUACCAGCUUUUCAUCACUAUCGGCAUCCUGAUCGCCAACCUGAUUAACUUCGGCACAGAGAGCAUCAGUAGCACUGCAUCAUGGCGGAUUCCCAUGGGCAUCGGAUUCCUGUUUGCCAUUGUGCUCGGUCUAGGGAUUCUGUUCUUUCCCGAAACCCCCCGUCAUCAGUACCGCCACGGUGAUAUCGAUACCGCCACGAGAAGCAUCGCCAAAUUCCACGGUGUGUCGGAGCGCCAUCGAGUGGUCAGGGACCAACUGGUGGAAAUGCAAGAGAAGCUCCAGAUCGAACUCGAGGGCGGUAGGCACCCAUGGUACGAAGUCGUCACUGGGCCCCGGAUGUUAUACCGCACACUUCUGGGCGUAACUAUACAAGCACUGCAGCAGCUGACGGGCGCCAACUACUUUUUCUACUACGGCACAACCGUCUUUGCCAGCGUGGGGCUAUCCAACUCCUACGUGACCCAAAUCAUUCUCGGCGCAGUGAAUGUUGGAACCACUUUCCCGGGACUUUAUUUCGUGGAAAAGUUCGGCCGACGCCGGUGCCUGAUGAUUGGUGCAGCCUGGAUGUUUAUGUGUUUCCUUAUCUUCGCCUCUCUCGGUCAGUUUAAACUCGAGAACCCGGACGGCAGCCACAACCAAACGAUCGGCUACGUUAUGAUCAUCUUCUCGUGUCUUUUCAUCGCCGCCUUCGCGAGUACUUGGGGUUGUAUGGCUUGGGCAAUUACCGCAGAGAUAUAUCCAUCUCGUUACCGUUCGCAGUGUAUCGCCCUCUGUGCCGCAAGCAACUGGCUGUUUAACUUCCUCAUCGCCUUUUUUACGCCCUUCAUUACCGGCAACAUCAAUUACGCCUACGGCUACGUGUUCGCGGGCUGCAACCUGUUCGCCGUAUUCUUUGUCUACUUCUUUCUCCCCGAGACCUCAGGGCGGUCGCUCGAGGAAAUCGACACCAUGUUCCUACUCGAAGUCAAGCCCUGGAAGAGCAGCAAGUGGACUCCGCCCAAAAACGAAGAUCUUAUCACCGCCGACAAGCUGCGUCUCAAUACUGGUGCUCGAGAUAUCACAAAGACCAGAGAAGCUGGGCUGGGCAACACCGAGCAGAGAGAAAGUGUGUCUGCCAACGCGGAGCGUAGCUCAGAUUCCGAUCUGCCUCAUGUCCCUAUUAUGUCGAGCCAACAUCAUCAGCCCAUGGGGAGGGGUGUCCGUGGCGAUUCCUACAGAGGGCCGUAUUGA